CCCCCGGCCGCGGCUGCGCGCUGCGUUCUGCGCUCUCAUCAUGGCGGCGCGGGGCCAUGUGCAGGACCCCAACGACCGCCGCCUGCGGCCCAUCUACGAUUAUCUCGAUAAUGGCAAUAAUAAAAUGGCAAUCCAGCAAGCAGAUAAACUGCUCAAAAAGCACAAGGACCUUCACUGUGCCAAGGUGCUGAAGGCCAUUGGCUUGCAGAGGACUGGCAAGCAGGAUGAAGCCUAUGCCCUGGCACAGGAAGUCGCAGCACUUGAACCCACAGAUGAUAAUUCCUUGCAAGCACUGACCAUUCUCUACCGGGAAAUGCACAGACCCGAGCUGGUGACUAAACUUUAUGAGGCAGCUGUGAAGAAGGUCCCCAACAGUGAAGAGUAUCACUCCCACCUCUUCAUGGCCUAUGCCAGGGUUGGAGAGUACAAGAAGAUGCAACAGGCUGGAAUGGCACUUUAUAAGAUUGUUCCCAAAAAUCCRUAUUAUUUUUGGUCUGUGAUGAGCCUGAUCAUGCAGUCUAUCUCAGCACAGGAUGAAAACCUCUCCAAGACCAUGUUUUUGCCACUUGCAGAGAGAAUGGUGGAAAAAAUGGUGAAAGAGGAUAAGAUUGAAGCUGAGGCUGAAGUGGAACUGUACUACAUGAUCCUGGAACGUUUGGAGAAGUACAAGGAAGCCUUAGAUGUUGUGAGGGGAAAGCUUGGAGAGAAGCUGACAAGUGAGCUGCAGAGCCGGGAGAACAAAUGCAUGGCCAUGUACAAGAAGCUGCGCCGGUGGCCCGAGUGCAACGCGCUGGCCAGGAGGCUGCUGCUCAAAAACUCAGAUGAUUGGCAGUUUUAUAUAACUUACUUUGAUUCAAUGUUUCAACUCAUUGAUGAAUCCUGGACRCCUCCAGCAGAGGAAGAGCACUCUCUGGAAGGAGAGGUGCACUGCUCCAUCGAGCAGGCUGUGAAAUUCAUCGAGGAGAGGAUCACGGAGGAGUCCAAGAGCUCUCGGCCACUCCGGGGACCUUAUUUAGCCAAACUGGAGCUGAUCAGGCGCCUGAGGCACAGAGGCUGCAACAAUGAGUACAAACUGGGUGAUCCAGAAGARUUAAUGUUCCAAUACUUCAAAAAAUUCGGGGACAAGCCCUGCUGUUUUACUGAUCUCAAAGUGUUUGUGGAUCUCCUCCCACCCAGCCAAUACACAAAGUUCAUCCGGCAGCUGCUGGACGUGAUCCCGCUGWCGGCGGCGGCCGAGAAUGAGGUGGCUCUGCCCGGGGACAUCAAGGCCCUGCAGCAGCAUCUGUGUGUGGUGCAGCUCUCCAGGCUGCUGGGCAUCUACCACGCCAUGGAGAAGAAGCAGAAGCUGGCGGUGGUGCGGGAGCUGAUGCUGCGAUACCGCCACGGCUUGGAGUUCGGAAAAUCUUGUUUGAAAACUGAAUUGCAGUUUUCAGAUUAUUACUGCCUGCUUGCAGUUCACCUGCUGCUUGAUCUGUGGCUGGAAGGUGAAGAGGCGGCCGUGUGGCAGUGCCUGACUCUCCUGGAGGAAGGGCUGUCUCACAGUCCCUCCAAUGCUCAGUUUAAGCUGCUGCUCAUCCGGAUCUACUGCCGGCUCGGCGCCUUCGAGCCCGUCUCAGAGCUCUAUUCCAGCCUGGACGCCAAGCACAUCCAGCACGACACCAUCGGUUAUCUCCUGACGCGCUACGCCGGCUCCCUGGGCCACUACGCUGCUGCUUCCCAAUCCUGCAACUUUGCACUCAGGUUUUUCCACUCCAACCAGAAAGAUACCUCAGAAUACAUCAUCCAAGCCUACAARUACGGGGCAUUUGAGAAGAUCCCGGAAUUCAUCGCCUUUAGGAACAGGCUGAACUCUUCCCUUCACUUCGCACAGGUUCGCACCGAGCGGAUGUUGUUGGACCUCUUACUUGAAGCAAAUAUAUCAGCCAGUUUAGAAGAAAGUAUAAAGUCCAUGAGUCUGAGUCCAGAGGAGGAUGACAUUCCAUGGAAAGAUCUGCGUGACAACAGAGACCUGACAGUUUUGUUUAGCUGGGAUCCAAAAGACAGGGACAUUUCCGAGGAACAUCGGAAGCUCUCCCUGGAGGAGGAAACCUUGUGGUUGCGAAUCCGGUCUUUAACGUUGAGGCUGGUGAGCGGGCUCCCAACUCUCAGUCACACCAUCCAACCAAAGAACUCUGAAAAGACUGCAGAGAAYGGUGUCUCAUCCAAGAUUGACACCAUCCGAGCCCUGCUGCAGCAGCUGGAAGCRGCGGUGGAUUCAGGGAAGAAGUUUCUAGAACAAAAAAUCCAGUAUCCUGUCCUUGGCCCUCCUCCUACCCGAAUGGCUGGCUUCUUCAGCAAUGGCAGCUGUCAGUGCCAGACUAGCUUGUUUUAUCUUGUUAGUGAUAUUUAUGAACUAGAUACCAAUGGCUUAGAAGAUUCAGCAGAAAUCCAGGAAAGAAUAGGGAAUAGUUUCAAGUCUUUAGUAGAACGACUGACAGAUUUGUUCAAUAAAUGUAAAGGUGAUUUGAUCGAAGUCAGAGAUGGCACCUUGAAAACUCAUCCAAACCUGUUAGAAAACUUAGUCUUCUUUGUUGAGACGAUUUCUAUUGCCCUGUGGGUAUUGAGUUACUGUGACAGUGUCCUCCGACCUUUUAAAUCCAACYUGCAAAAAAAGAAGAAGAAAAAAAAAGAAAGCAGUGUAGCAAUGCCACCUGUAUUCACCCAUUUCCUGGAUUACGUAACUGAACUCCAGACAUUAACUUCCAAUGUAAUAGAUCAUAUCAAAGGGCUUGAAAUAAUUCUGACUGCACUAAAACUUGAAGAGCUGUCCCUCAAGGACACUCUGCAUUUACAGGARGAAAAAAAGUUUACAAAGACUGUGCAAGGGAAGGUCCAGAGCAGUUAUCAUCACUCAGUUCAGGAAAUUGGAGAGCUGCUGAAAAAGAGACUCGAUACCAUUAAAAAACUAAAGAUUUGAGCAAUGCAUCCCUGACAGACUCCACARGGGAGUGACACCAGAGUCCCAGACAGAAGCAACAUCCACUCUACCAUCACUUUAAUCCAGAACUUCCUCAUAAUGCAUGAAGGACUUAAAAUCAUGAAACAAUUUUUUUAGGUAUUACAGAUGUAUYGAGCUGAUUUAAAUUAUUGUACAUAAAUGAGGAGCAGGGACCCUUCCCGGCAUUUGACCACUUUUUAUACAUGUUCAUAAGCAUAUUGCAACAGGAGAAAAUUCACUUUCUUCCCUUUUGAUCUCUAGAACCAACUGGAGAUGGUCUUUAGAAGCAGCAAUAGCAAUCCAGUGUAAAGCAUCUGUCUCCAAGGAUAUUUUCAUCACCAUACAGUGUUUAUAAUUUUUGUAUGGUCCUUGCCUUAGAAAUGCAGGAAUUGUAGAUGUCCACGUUCAGCCACCUCUGAUGAACUGAGCCCGGCUUGGAGCUGCCUGUUUUGUCUGCAAAACCACCUGGUCCUACUGACAGAAUUCCAUGUGUUGGUCCAGCAGGGAGAGGUGAGGCCUCCGUGGUGGGCUGGGAAUCAUCCGUGCCCAGAGCCAGGGGCAGGUUCUUCCAGGAGAGAGCGGGAGGGAGGAGGUGUCUGUGCACAUGGGUUGUUUUCAUACUCGGGAAUACUGCAAAUGGGAUGAGGAGCAAACUUCAGAGAGAGAGAGAUGGGAAUGGAUGUUUCAGCAAAAACAAGACAAAACCAGAGACCUUGUACAUAAUGGCUGCAGUGAAGUGUGACACUGCGCUGGUAUCAUGUCAGUUCAAUGUCAAACAGCAACGUCAUGACUUCAAAAAAGUGUAUUUAGAUUACUGAAACUUUAGGACUUCAAUAUUUUAAUAGAAAUGAGAUCCUAUUGGCUUUGGUUUUAAGUUGGCAGAGGUAAUUUUUGCUUCGCUGUGGUCUGAGGCUGAGAUCCUUUUUGUACCUGUGCGUUUGCUUUUUGCAGUUGAACUUUGAUUAUCCAAGCGCUGGCUUAUGAACCUUUCUGUUAGAAAGUGUUACCAUAUCAUCUGCUCCCACAGGAUCUACRUUUCUGCUGGGUUUUUUCAUGUUCAAAAGAGCAAUGCAGCCUAAAAUUGAUAGGCAAAAAAAAGUUCAUGCACCUGCAAUACAAGGGACAGGUCAGACCCAACAGAUUCCUCAUCUCCUGGUUUAGAGCUGCAGGUAUCCGAGUCUAGAUUUAAAAGUUCUAAGAGAGCUGACUGCCUUUGUCAUCUCUUCUGUUUUGUUAGUAAUGCUAGAAUGUUGAUGAGARUAUUUUUUUAAUAAAUCCCCUGUAUUAAAAAAAAAGUCCCAUAGCUGCUCUUGCUGGAUUUAGUUUUGCUUUGCCCCAUCGUGAAAGGGAAAGAAGAAGAAUGUCUGCAGGUUGUCAAAUUGUAAAGGAUGUCCUGAUGGUUGACUCACAAUGUCUGGUAAGUGCUCUGGGCUGGAGAAAUACCAAAAUGUGUUAAGUCUGUUUUAUAGAAAUACUUUUCCUGAAAAAAAA